CUCGUCGUUCUGUCCGAGAGAGAGAGAGAUGAGAGCUGAGAAGAGUCGUACAUCUUCCUCGUUCUUCUCUCACUUCUGGUCCUCUGCACUCAGAGCGAAGACCCUAACUCCUUAUUCGGAAACCUCCGUCCGUACUAAUGACGGCGAAGGCCUCGUUCGCCGUCUCAGCCUCUUCGAUCUCGUUCUCAUCGGCAUUGGCGCUUCCAUCGGUGCCGGAAUCUUUGUCGUCACCGGUACCGUCGCUCGCGAUGCCGGUCCUGGUGUCACAAUUAGCUUCAUACUUGCAGGAGCGUCUUGUGUGCUCAAUGCACUCUGUUAUGCUGAACUAGCUUCUCGUUUUCCUGCUGUUGUUGGGGGAGCAUACUUAUAUACAUAUACAGCCUUCAAUGAGCUUACUGCUUUUCUUGUUUUUGCACAACUGAUGCUUGACUAUCACAUCGGUGCUGCUAGCAUAGCACGUAGCUUGGCAAGCUAUGUAGUCAAUAUAAUAGAGCUCAUUCCCUUCUUCAAGGAUAACAUACCAAGCUGGAUUGGUCACGGGGGUGAAGAAAUAUUUGGAGCUAUAUCUUUCAACAUAUUAGCUCCAAUUCUAUUAGCACUUCUGACAAUAAUUCUAUGUCGGGGUGUUGGAGAAUCAUCUCUACUAAAUUCAGUCAUGACUACAUUGAAGGUAGUCAUUGUUAUUUUUGUCAUUAUUGUUGGUGCUUUUGAGGUUGAUGUUUCAAAUUGGUCACCUUUUGCCCCAAAAGGUUUUAAGUCAAUAUUGACUGGAGCAACUGUGGUGUUUUUUGCAUAUGUUGGAUUUGAUGCAGUUGCUAAUUCAGCUGAAGAAUCUAAAAGACCACAGCGGGACUUACCAUUAGGCAUAAUGGGAAGCCUCCUUGUUUGUAUUGCCUUAUACAUUGGUGUGUGCUUAGUGAUUACUGGAAUGGUACCUUACCAAUUUCUUGGGGAAGAUGCUCCUUUGGCUGAAGCUUUCUCAGCCAAAGGCUUGAAAUAUGUAUCUGUGUUAAUCAGCAUUGGUGCUGUUGCUGGACUUACUACAACCCUUCUGGUUGGUCUUUACGUUCAGUCUCGGUUGUAUCUUGGGCUUGGAAGGGAUGGUUUACUACCCUCAAUAUUUGCUAAGGUACACCAGACACGCCACACUCCUGUUCAUUCACAGGUCUGGGUUGGUAUUGUUGCUUGCGUCUUGGCUGGGCUAUUCAAUGUUACUGUGCUCUCGCACAUUCUCUCAGUUGGCUCAUUGACUGGAUAUUCCAUUGUUUCAGCAUGUGUGGUAACCCUCCGCUUGAAGGAUAGAACUGCAAGUCAAGUUUCUACCAGAUGGAUGUCAAACUGGGGGGAAGGUGUUGUUUGCCUCAUCAUAAUUGCCUGUUGUGGUUUUGCUGCUGGACUCUUUUACCGUUUCAGCGCAUCGUAUAUUCUUCUGAUUGUUGCUGUAGUUAUUGCAAUCUUUGCUGCUGCCGCUCUUCAUUUCCGGCAAGUUUAUACAGAUCCACCAAGUUUUUCUUGUCCAGGGGUUCCAAUUGUGCCGGCUGUUUGCAUCUUCUUCAACAUGUUCCUUUUUGCUCAGUUACACUAUGAAGCCUGGGUGAGAUUUGUCGUCCUCAGCAUUGUUACAGUUGGUAUUUAUGCUUUUUAUGGGCAGUAUCAUGCAAAUCCUAUAAGUUCCAACGAGACAAUUGUCUACCAUAGGGCACCUGCAGAAGAAGCUGAAUAG